AUGGACAUCGCAUCUGGAUCAGGUUUGAAUCAAAAGCGUAAGCAAAAAACGCUUACUUUGGUGGAGAAAGUUAAAAUCAUCGAGGAGUUUGAGAAAGGGGGAUGUACUCACGAAUCGCUUGCUCAAAAAUAUGGCGUAGGAUCAUCAUCCGUGUCGAGAUUCAUUCAACAAAAAGAUGACCUACGAGCAAAGAUGGAACAGUAUAGAGAACACGGAGUUAACAGCAGGAAGACGAUGAAAACGCAAAACUACCCAUUGAUGAAAGAAUCCGUAUAUGUGUGGAUUUUGCAACAGCGAGAGGCCAACAUAAUCGUCACUUCCGAGGUUCUGCGGGUCAAAGCGGAGUUACUUUUCCGAGAAAUCCAGAAACGUGGACAUUAUGUGAACCAAAAAUUUUCAUUCUCGGAUGGCUGGAUGCGUAGAUUCAAAGAACGAUUCGGUCUGCAUGUCAAGCGGGUUGCGGGAAAAAAAGCUUCUGCUGACGUGGAUGCUUACAUAAAAUUUAAGGAAAUAUUAGCAUCAAAAAUAACAGAAACAGGACUUCAAAAGUCGCAAGUGUACAAUGCAAACGAAUCGGCAAUUUUCGUAAAGCUGCUUGCGUCACGAAGUCUGGCACUUUCCAGCGAGAAAAAUGUUUACGGUCGGAAACUAAAUAAAAUGCGAUACACAUUUAUGCCAUGUAGCAACAUCGACGGUUCAAACAAAUUAAGACUAAUGUUUAUCGGAACCGCUGCAAAGCCACGAUCAUUUCCGACCAAAGAACUGCUCCCGGUGUCAUAUUACAAUUCAAAAAAAGCAUGGAUGACGCGAGAGCUUUUCCGGGAGUGGUUCUUUAACGAAUUUGUACCUGCAGUAAGAAAGUUUUCCGGCGAAAAGAGCUUAGAACCGAAGGCUCUCCUGGUACUGGACAACUGCACGGCCCACUAUACAGGAGGAGACAAUUUAAUUUCUGAUGAUGAAUUGAUCAAGGUGAUUUAUCUACCGCCGAAUGUCACAUCACAGUGUCAGCCAAUGGACCAAUCCGUUAUCAAUGCAAUAAAAACCCGGUACAAGCGGAAACUCAUGCUGAAACUGGUUCUUGAAAACGAAGAACUCAAGUUUGAGGACCGUCUCAAGAAGAUAUCUCUGAUGCAAAGCAUUGAUUGA